UAUUUACCCCACGUAGCCUCACGAAACUCCUGACAUGCAGAUAUUUGUUCAGUGCAGUAGUCUGCGUCAUUUAGGCGUCCGGGUCAUAGAAACAUGCACACAAAAGCCUUUGUUAAAUCUGUAUUAACUAAAACAAAAGAUAGAAGUCUAUGUAUCCGUGCGAGUGCAUGUGCGCCUGCCUGCGCGCGCACGUUUCUCCUCAUCUGAACGAGUUGGGAUUUGAAAGUUGGAGCUGCCGGGGAGCCCGGUGUGUUUUGACGCCGCAGAAGUCGUGUGCGGGUUUUGUUUAUGUUACAAACGGGCGGAAAGUGAAUGAAGAGGCUUGUGGCCUGCUGUCUGUCAGAUCUCCUACUUCUACUCAUCCACCUCCUGAACACUCGUAAUAUUCCCUUGCUGUGAUGGAUGCAGAGGUGGUUCUCCAGGAGGAGGACAUGGAGGGCUCGUGGACGCUGCUCUCCUGGUUGGCAUCAUUUGUAAUGGUGUUUGGGGGAGCCCUGCCUUAUGUGCCGCAAUAUCAGGAGAUCCAGAAAAGCAGCAACACUGAGGGAUUCUCCACCAGAGUCUGUCUGGUGCUGCUCAUAGCUAACAUCUUGCGUAUAUUUUUCUGGAUAGGGAAGCAGUUUGAGCUGACCCUGCUGCUUCAGAGUGUGGUGAUGAUUCUCACCAUGUUUGCCAUGCUCCACCUUUGUUGCACUGUGCAAAACACCAACAGAGUCAGCACCAAGCAGCAUCACCUUUCAGACCUGAACUUGCAUUACUUCUGGAAGUGGAGCGCCUUUGAGGACUACCUCCUCUUCUGCUUCGGCUUCACCGUCGUGUGUGCAGUCAUCACCCUGCUGCUGCUGGACUCCGCGGUGUUUGUGGAGACUUUGGGUUCGCUGGCCGUGAUGUUCGAGGCCAUGCUGGGCAUCCCGCAGCUGCUGCAAAACUUCCAUAAUCGCUCCACAAAAGGCAUGAGAGACGUUUGCUUUGACUGCACUGAGCAUCGGGGUGACCGGUGUGUACUGCAUAUCUUUAUAUCUUCAGUAUGUGCCCACUUCCACUUCCAUCCAUGCUUUCUGUAACUACCUGCACAUAUUGUGUUACACCGAUUGCAUUUUUAUCUUCGAGUUGCUGUUUUAUGAUUUACUGUUCUCUCACAGUUAUUUACCAUUUGACAUGUCCUCAGGAUCUAGGCUGGAACCUGAACAUCACACAAAGAUUGGCUACACAAAAGGUCCUUGAAGUUGGGAACAUCAAAUCCUUAAACUCAGAUACGUGAAAGUCGCCAAAAAUAAAAAAAAGGAAGUCAGCUGUGUUUGUGUAGGAGGCAUGAGUUAAUCAUAGAGUAAUACUGCACAGUAUUGGAUGACUCAUUCCAGAAGAUUAUGCAUUAUCAACAGGAAUAUUUCAUAAUUUCAGUAUAGAUAUUGGUGGCUUUAUGGCACAAAUGUUGCUGAUGGUUGGAAACAGCACAGACGAUCCCUCGCGAUGCAUACGUGAGGAUUUUCCUAUUUCUAGAUAUUAAACAUUGUUUUCCACACGACAGCGUGGCACACAAUCAACACUUGCUCUAAUGCUAUCCCAGGUGUAACAGUAGCUUGUUUUUGUGCACUCACAUUCCCCUGAGCCCUAUUACCGAGGUGUGAUGCUGAGUGUAUGGAUCUGUUUCAUGAAGGACUACUCACCUUUUCCAGUUCACCCAAAUAAUCACUUUCCAAGAGAUGCAUGGAAAAGUCAAGUAAAGGAUGUGAAAGAAGCAUGGAGGAUAUUUGACUGCACUUUGUUUAAUAUGUUUCAUUUGUGCAUAUGUGUGCACACUCAUUCUACUACUAAUACUGGGAAAAUUAAAGAGGUGACAGUUCAGUGAUGAAAAAAUCCAACAAAAAGCAGAAGACUGGAUGAGCCUGACUGAUGUGAUUGGCAAGGAAAAUUAAGUGUAGGUUUGAAAAAGUAUUAAUCCACAGGGUUAAUGUCAUUAGCAAAAUCUAAUUAGUGUCAGGUAUCAAGAGACAAGGUGGAAGCUCCAAAUCAAUGAGGAUGAACUGAAAGCAUGGGUUAGAGACACUUAUUAAAAAGAGGAGAAACGUGAGAGGAAUUGAUGAUUAGUAAAAAGAAAUCCAUGUUGUACUUCAUGGUGUCCCCCGAGAAACAUUCAUGUGAGGUCAAAAAACCAAAUGAAAUGAAAUUGUUUUUGCUUUCGUCGUCUUCUCCUUUUCUUCCUCCUUUUCCUUUCGACUGGUCCCUUUAAGAGUUGCCACAUUGAAUCAUUUGCCUCCAUCUCGUCCUGUCCUUAGUGUUGUCUACUGUCACACCAACGAUCGUGGCUCAAGAGUUGGGAGUUCGCCUUGUAAUCGGAAGGUUGCCGGUUCGAGCCCCGGCUCGGACAGUCUCGGUCGUUGUGUCCUUGGGCAAGACACUUCACCCGU